AAUUGUUAUAGUUUGCAAUUGAUAAGACCAACACGUGUUAUUGUGGUUAUAUUAUGCUUUAUUGGGUAUUUUAAAUAUAUAAUAUAAAUAAAAAUGGAUCCCAAAAAGAUCCUACACGAACCGUCUUUGAAGUAUACUAGUAAUCCUGAUUAUAGAAGACCACCAAAAACCGCUAACCCGUACUUACAAUGUCUGGGAACUCCGCAUAUAGAUUCAUUUAAUUACAUGAUCAAAGACGGAUUAAAAGCUGCCAUAGAUGAUUUAAUUCCCGUCGAAUUUGAUGUGCCAAGCGGAGAAAGAAUUAAAAUAACUAUAGAUGAAGCUGCUUUCGCGAAACCAAGUGUUCCUAUGGAGGCUGUAGGAGUUAAAAAUCAAAUAGUCUUGCCGACAGAAUGCAGACAAAGAGCAGCUACAUAUAAAGGAGAUUUCAAAGUUAGAUUAUCUUUUACCGUUGAUGGGAAGACCAUAUCAAUGGACAGAUCCCUCGGCAGUUUGCCAAUCAUGUUAAAGUCCAAAGUUUGCCACUUGGCUGACUUGUCUCCCGAGGAACUGGUGAAGAAGAAUGAACAUGCGGACGAGUGGGGCGGAUACUUUAUUAUUAAGGGUCAUGAACGUCUGGCUCGCAUGUUGUUAGUCACCAGACGGAAUUACCCCGUUGCUAUCAAGAGAUCCGGUUGGAGGAUGAGAGGGAAUCUGUUCACGGAUUACGGUGUGCUCAUGAGAUGUGUGAAACCAGAUCAAACUAGUACUAACAACGUACUGCAUUUUCUCCAAAAUGGAACUUGCAAAUUAAUGUUCUCUCAUCGUAAAGUGAUGUACUACGCUCCGCUGGUGCUGAUACUAAAGUGUCUCGUGGACUGGCCGGACCAUUACAUAUACAGAUUACUCUUACACGGAAAGAAGAAUGACUUGUAUUAUGUUAACUGUGUACAGAACAUGCUCCGGGAACUUCACGAGCAGGAUCUCCAUACUUCUGUUGAAUGUCGUUCCUACAUGGGUCGUAUGUUCAGAGCACGGCUGGAUCUUCCGCCGGAUGCUACAGAUCUGGAUGCUGCGAACUUCCUGUUAGUGAGGUGCAUCAUGAUACACCUGAACGAUUACAAGGAUAAGUUCUACGGAUUGGUGUUCAUGAAUCAGAAGCUGUUCGAUCUGGUGCAGAAUAAAUGCAAGGUGGAGGGAGCUGAUGCUGUGAUGGUGCAGGAGUUGCAGGUGGGAGGUCACCUGUACUUGCAGGUGUUGAAGGAACGCCUCCAGACCUUGCUUUACGUCCUCAAAGCCAAUAUCAUCAAGAAGUCUAAAACCAGCAGAUUGUCGCUGACUUCGAAAGAACUGCAGCAAAUAAUACGUUCAGCCGGCGGCCUGGAACAGAAGAUGGAGACGUUCCUAGCGACUGGUAACGCUCCGUCCAACAACGUCAACCUGGCGCAGUACAAAGGACUGACCAUAGUCGCUGAAAACCUCAACAGAAUGAGAUACAUGUCGCAUUUCAAGGCGAUACAUCGCGGUUCGUUCUUCAUGGAGAUGCGUACGACGGAGGCACGUCAACUGUUGCCAGAUGCUUGGGGCUUCGUGUGUCCCGUACAUACGCCCGAUGGAGCACCCUGUGGCUUACUCAACCAUCUCACCGCCUCCGCACAGGUCACCCAACAACCCGAUCCCAAGCAAGUGUCAUCUCUACCGGCCGUUCUCGAGAAAUGCGGCAUGGACCCUAUAAGCUCUGUGGCCCACACUCCGCUGACCCACGAUGUCUACAAAUAUCCGGUAUUCAUAGAUGGUAGGCUGGUGGGCUAUUUCAAUGAGGACACUGCCCUGAAAUCGGUGUCAUACCUCCGAACGUUGAAGGUCAAAGGUGAAGACGUGCCUAUAUCCACUGAGAUUGUUCUGGUGCCUAAAAAACAGAUACCGGCCCAAUAUGCCGGCGUGUUUCUAUUUACGAGCGAAGCCCGCAUGAUGCGGCCGGUCAUUAAUCUGUCGACGGGUCAACUUGAACUGGUCGGCACUAUGGAACAACUCUACUUGGACAUAGCCGUGGCACAGACAGAGAUCAUCAAAGGCAAAACCACCCACUUGGAGUUAUCAAAAUCAGCGUUUAUGAGUAAUUUGGCCCAACUAGUUCCCAUGCCGGACUGCAACCAAUCACCGCGUAACAUGUACCAGUGUCAGAUGGGUAAACAAACGAUGGGAACCCCUAUCCAUACUUGGUCUACGAACGCCGAGACCAAGUUAUACCGGUUGCAGACGGGUGCUACGCCGCUCUUCCGGCCGGUACACCACGACAACCUCAGUCUAGACGACUAUCCUUCCGGGACAAACGCAAUACUCGCCGUUAUAUCCUACACAGGCUACGAUAUGGAAGACGCCAUGAUAAUAAACAAAUCGUCGUACGAGCGAGGUUUCGCAGCGGGUUCCGUAUACAAAUCCAACUUCGCGGAACUGAAGAGCUCGUCUUCAUACUUCUGCCGCGACCCCACGCGAACUGACCUCGCGGCUUACAUGGACGAGGACGGACUCCCGGCCGUGGGGGCGAGGAUACAACCCGAGGAUCCCUUCUACUGCCACUACGACAGCGACAGUUCAAAGUUCGUGGUAACGAAAUACCACGGCAAGGAGGAGGUUGUGGUGGACAGUGUGAGGCUCUGCGGGGAGUUCAGCAGCAAGGCUCCCAAAAAAGCUUGCAUCAUGGUCAGAGUGCAGCGCAAUCCGACGGUUGGUGACAAAUUCGCUUCACGAGCUGGUCAAAAGGGAAUCUGUUCCCAGAAAUGGCCGGCCGAGGACUUACCCUUCACUGAAUCGGGCCUCAUACCGGAUGUGCUGUUCAAUCCGCACGGCUUCCCCUCGCGGAUGACCAUCGCCAUGAUGAUAGAGUGUAUGGCGGGGAAAGCCGCCUGCCUGCACGGACACGUCCACGACGCUACGCCGUUCCGCUUCAACGAACAGGACACGGCCAUCAAUUACUUCGGGCGCCUGCUGGAGGCCGGCGGCUACAACUACUACGGCACGGAGAGGAUCUACAGCGGCGUCGACGGCCGCGAGAUGCAGGCCGACAUAUUCUGCGGACUAGUGCACUACCAGCGGCUGCGGCACAUGGUGUCCGACAAGUGGCAGGUCCGCACGACCGGGGCCGUGGACGCUCUCACCCGUCAGCCCGUGAAGGGGCGGCGGCGCGGAGGAGGAGUGAGGCUCGGAGAAAUGGAAAGGGACGCGCUCUUAGCACACGGAGCCACUUUUCUACUACAAGACAGACUCUUCCACUGUUCAGACAAGAGCGAGGCUAUUAUUUGCUCCAAAUGCGGCACACUCCUCGGUCCGAUAUCUGGUAACACCGAGGGUAGCAAGGACACGUGCCGCUUGUGCGGCGAGGGGAACUUGUUGCUCAUAUCGAUACCCUAUAUAUUCAAGUUCUUUGUGACCCAGUUGGCCUCCGUCAAUAUUAAUAUUAAAAUCAACUGUAACAGCAACUUGGCGAUAGGAAGCUGCUGAUGCUAAUGUGCAUUAUGGACAAUAAAAUGUAAUUAAAACU